GACAGGUGCUUUGACCUGCGGAAUGUGUCCCCCUGUACACACGCAGGUGACAUCCACUGCUGCCACGCAAGCGCAAGCGGAAGUGUCGGGAUCGGCAGCCCCAUGAAAAGCAGCAAAGGAGCUCCAGAGUGAGAAACCUGAUCUCUCUGGCUCGGGAGGUGGGCGGACUCUGAAACGAAGCCUCGAGUUUUCAGCAGUCCCAGCUGUUGGCUUCGGAUACACACAUCGUGGUGGAAAGUGUUCUUGCUGUCUGCACAUGCUCAGCAACACCUUCGUUAUGGUUGCUUCGAAAACUUACAAGAGCCGAGCAGCACUACGAUAGUAGGACUAACGUCUGAAGAGUUCGGGAAUCCUAAAUGCUCAAGCUCCGCCUCCAAUAUGACGUCAAUGGCAGCCCAGACAGCCAUUGGAACUCCUCCUCUUCGUAGGAGGUGGUGCGGAACUAAGCUUUCGGAGUUCAGGGAUCAUGAUGGGAGUGUGCGCAUGCGCUAUACACGAACAUGGCGGAAUUGGAGAUCGGAAAGCACUGCGACGUGAAGAACUGUCGACAACUUGAUUUUUUACCUUUUGUCUGUGAUGGCUGUUCAGGAGUCUUUUGUCUUCAGCACAGAAGUCGGGCUGCUCACAGUUGUUCAGAGGCUAAUCUAAAAAGUGUAGAUGUGAAACCAGAUCAUCACAAAUCUUUCUUGUGCAUGUAUAAAGAUUGUGAUGGAAGAGAACUUGUACCUGUGUUAUGCGCUUACUGUGAAAAGCAGUUUUGCUUAAGGCAUCGACAUCAGUUAGACCAUGAGUGUGAAAAACUGGAAAUUCCUAAACCCCGUAUGGCUGCAACCCAGCAGCUUAUUAAAGAUAUUGUAGAGUCUAAGAAAGACACCACAGUGAUUAAAAGAUGCAGAGGUGCCAAGAACAGUGAAACAGCAGCUAAGGUCACUCUAAUGAAACUAAAAAUGCAUGCAUGCGGGGAUAAGUCCUUGCCACAGACAGAGAGAAUCUACUUCCAAGUGUUUUUACCCAGAGGAAGCAAGGAAAAAAGCAAACCCAUGUUCUUUUGCAGUAAGUGGAGCAUUGGCAAAGUGAUAGAUUUUGCAGCUUCCAUGGCAGACCUUAAAAAUGACAACAACAAAAGCACAGCUAUGAAAUUGAGACUUUGCCACACAGUAUCUGGAGAAGCCUUGCCUCUGGACCACAUUUUAGCUUCUUGGAUAAGCUGUAAAGAAUCCCCUCUAUAUAAUGGUGGAAAUGUGAUCUUGGAAUAUCUUGAUAAUGAAGUUCAUUUUUUAGAAAAUGUAAAUUCAUACCUACAGUAAUUAUGGAAACCACUGCACAUGUAAUUAUAAGACUGAAUCCAGUCAGUUGUAUAUUUAACUGUAAGGUAUAAACCUGGUUUGGUUUGGUUUUUUGUUGUGUGUGAGUGGGAGGGGAAGAAUCAGCUAGAAAGGUUCCCAUUUCUUACUCCAGCUUGCCAGAGAGGCAUCCCCAACCCAGCAAAUACCUGAAAAUUUGCUGGCAGCUGCAGGGAGAGGCAGCACUUGUCCUUCUUUCUCACUCUCACUUGCUGGAAAAGUGCUUGGGUGGGCACUGGGUUGGGGACGCCACUGUGGCAAGCAGGAAUGAGAAUGGAGAUCAGUGGGGGAAUCAGCCGACAAAGCAGGCAGGCACACAUUUGAGUGGCUAUCUUACAGUAGACAGCUCUGUCUGUUUAGAUACAUGCCCUCCUUACAGUAAGUAUAUAUUUGAAAGGAUCAUGCCAGGUCUCUCCCCUUUUAUUGCCAUGUCAACGUUAUUGUGAAUGGAUAUGCUUUUUUGUCAUGUUAAUUUCCAUUGCUGCUCUUGUUUUGUUGUUCCUCCUUUUCCUGUUCAGUUUUUGUUACAAUUGAGAAUUCUCCCUCUCUCUCUCAAAAGUGGCCACGAAGAUCACCAGGUCACAGAAGAACAGACCCAUUUUCCUAAGCUUUAAUUUACCGAGUGCCUCCAAACUGGUACCUUUCCCUCAAGAAGAAGGCAGAACAGCUUGGGGUUGGUAAAGGUCUGGCUCUUCUGAAUUUAGUAGCCUAUCAUUUAACACUGGUUGACAAGUAGAACAAAGAGAUCCAUGGCAUCCACUGAGAAAUUAGUUCUCAAAAUGUAAUCUGCAAUUUUUGGCCUGCAGCUCUUACGUGCCAGGCAUCCUGUCUACUCUCUUGCAUUCUCUCUCUCUUAAAUGUUCCAAGUGCAGACAUGCGCUGCUACCUGUGAACAAAUAUUCCAUAGUUGCACAUUACAGACCAAGAGCCCGGUUGGAGGCUGCACCACUCAGCUGAUUUCCCUGCCAAUCCCUAUUUUCACUCCUGCUUGCAAGGGGCUUCUUGGGCACCCAAUUGGAGACCUCCUCUGGCAAAUUGGAGCAAGAAAGGAGGGAAAGUGCCACCUCCCUCUCAUUGCUGCUGCCUGCUAGAAAAGCGCCAAGGUGAGCUCUGGGCAAGCCUGUCCCACAGGCAAGAGCAAGAAAGGGUGGAUGGGUGGGCAAUCAGCUGGGUGACAAAUCUCCAACCAUUCACUGUUGUCCAGUUGAUUCUUACUCCUCCCACCCACCACAUAAGAAAGGGAAGGCAGGAGAAUCAACUGGAUACCACAGCCCAGCUGAUUUUCUCCAUCUACCUGGCAUGUGUGAGGGGCAGAGGGGGGAUUAGUUGAGCAGUCCUGCACCUUUCUGCAGCACUGCUCAACUGAUUUCAUUCCCUCUUGCCUGAGCGUAGAUCAGGCACCCACCUGCCCUGUCCAGCUAUGCCCUCCAUCCAUCUUCUCUAUUGCUUUUCAGGGUAUGAGCCCUAGUUGUGCAAGAGACAGCUUGCCAGCCAUGGUCAUGCCUGUCGAAGAGAAGAAUUCAUAUCUCCCUCCUGGGAUAUCACCUGGAGGACAGAGGGAAGGUGAUGGAGGGAAGGAGAUUACUCUGGUGAUGAACCUGAUUGUAUCUCUGGUAUAUCAAGGUCAAAAACCACAAACUGUUGCUUGCCUGUGAUGUACAAAACCCAGCCCAUGUGUGUGGUCAGCACUAUGUAUUUACCACCACAGAAAACAAUUGAAUUUGAGUAGACAGCUGCUGAGUUCAAGUUCUACCUGUCAUGCUUAAACUGUGCCGGCUCAUUCCUACAUGCAGGCAGAGAUGUGAAACCUACCCUCCUAGUUAAAUGGGAACAACCCCUCCCCCGCUGGUGAAGAAGAUCCCUUCCCUUCCCACAAUGUUUUGUGAACAUUUAGGAUGAAAUGAGUUUUUUUCAAUAACUGAUUUUUUUAGUUUUUUUCCCUAAGCUUUCACAUCCCUACAUUCUAGUAAUCAUAAAGGAAAUAAUCUAAGGGACCGGAGGAAGAUAGUGUCAUCCACAUGCCUUCCAUAGAUCUGCUUGAGGAAAAUGGAUGUCUAAACAAAAUACAAAUAAAGCACUUCAUGUAUAUGA